AUGCCUAUGGAUUGGGUGAGCAAACCGUUGAUCCAUGGAAACAAUUAUUAUGUUUUAGGAUUUAAGGAGGAGGAUUUUGUGAUAUUUAACGUGACUUUUAAUCGAAUCUUUGUUAAAAUUCCUUGUGGUGGAGGUCACAGGUCUUGGGACUGCGUGAUGAAUGAUAAAUUUGUCAAAUUUGUGUACAUACAAAAAAAACAAGUCCACGUCGUUGAAGUUCCUGUUGAUGUAAUGUUCGUUCCACCCAUACUGACCGGCAUUCACACCAAAGAAAUAUACUGUAUGAAAGUUUUGCCAACUCCAUUGAAAACUAUAAGUGUAUUACUCUCUGGUGGAGAAGACUGUACUCUUCAUGUGAGUUACGUGAAUCAUGAAACCUCCGAGAGUGAAAUAAACCUUAAGAACAUACAAAUUCUAGAUGGACAUUUAUCAAGCAUCAGGUGCAUGUCUAUCCUUGAGUUAACAAUCAAUGAAAACUCGAGCAAACAUUUAGUAUUUUCUGGAGGAGGUAGAGCUCAGCUCAAGAUCUGGGAGGUGGCUGUAAAAACCAAUAAAGACGGCUUCUCAAAAGAAGAUGUAUCUUGCAAGGAUUUGUUGUCUCACAUGCUUCAUGGGCCUGAUAAGGAAAGAAAUAAAAUUCGGAUCGGAAAAGAGCUCAUGUACAACGCUGAUCCAGAAACUCGUUUGAUGGAUAUCAGUUCGAUGAAAAAUCCUGAAGAUGGUGAUAGUAUUUUAGUUUUUGUUGCCUGCUCAGAUGGUUACCUGAGAGCUUUUCGUUACGAUAUUAAUUUAAAUGAAUUAAAACUGAUCCAUGAAUUUUCGUACAAAAAUAGAUGCAUAUUAAAAGUACACUCGUUUGUUUAUGAAACUAAAGUGUUCAUCAUAACUUUAGCAACUGACGGACAGUUGAACUUUUGGAUCUUUGAAAUGUCAAACAAUACAGUACAAAUACAACAAAUAGCUACGAAUGAACGAGACAGUGUAAAAUUGCACGAGUCAGGAAUCAACAGUUUUGACAUGAAAUGUUUAAACAGCAGUGUAUAUCUGCUGUCAACUGGUGGAGAUGACAAUUGCCUUAAUUUGCUAACAUUUACUAUUAAAUUGAAAGAAAAUGUACCAUCAGUUCAAAUAGUUUCUUCCUGGCACACUGCUUCGACUCAUUAUGCUCAAAUAACAGGGAUCAAGAUGUUAGAUGAUGGUAAACUGUACAGCGUUGGGGCAGAUCAAAAACUUGUUGUGCACAAAUAUUCGUGUGAUAAAUCAAAGGUACAAGUAGAGUUUUUAGAGGAACACACUUUGAGCAUACCAGACAUACAGGGCAUUACUUUUUGUGAAAGUCAAAAGUACGUUUUGCAUCUUCACCUCACAAUUACGAUGAAAACACAUAUUCUGAUUGCAGCAAUUUAUUGUUUCAGAUCAAUCACCAAUCUUUUUUGUAUUUUUGGAAAAGGAUUCCAGUUACUGAAAAAUUAA